GAGGAACCAAAAUCUAAAAAGUCCCAGAAAAAGAAAAAUAAGAAUGAAGAUGGCAUACAGUCACAUGAAAAUGUCAUUAAUGCCGUCAAUGAGGUGAAAAUGAAAGAUAAGCUUUUGUUCCAUCCACUUGGAAGAUGGUUUGAACAGUCAUCGUUAGAAUCACCUGUGGUAAAAAAUAGCAAAGAUCUGGAGGGAAGUUUCGUUGACAAUACAAAGCAAAUGGCAGAAAAACUUUUGGAAAACGAAUCAACCGUUUACAGAAAAGAAAAGGAACGAACAAAACCCUCAGACGUGGAAUGGCUGAAGAAUGUGACAAACUCUGGAACACUUGGUGAUAAAGUCGCGGCGUUGGCGAUACAAAUUCAGGAUUCACCAUUACAUCAUCUUAAGACGCUGGAUGUGUUGCUAAAUAUGGCCAACAAAAAAGGAAGAAGGGAAUGCUUGAUCGCAAUUGAUACUUUAAAAGAUUUGUGGCUUGUGAACUUGUUACCAAACGACCGAAAAUUAAAACGAUUUUCAGAGUUUCCACUGAAAUCUGCUCCCCAGAAAACGAACCAGGGCGGUCGUGACGCUUGGAACAAAAAAUUGAUGGUCUGGUAUUUUGAAGAUCAACUCAAAAAACGAUACGAAAAUUUUGUUCUUGGUUUGAAGAGAUUGCUUCAUGAUAAUCUUGAAAAUGUGCGCAACAAAGUUUUAGGUGUUGUUUAUGAACUACUUGUUGAAAAGCCCGAACAAGAAAAGGCAUUGUUGUUGUAUUUGGUGAAUAAAGUUGGCGAUCCGAACAGGAAAAUCGCGUCAAAAGCUGGUCACCUCUUGGGUUGUUUAGUCCAAAAGCAUCCAAACAUGAAGAUGAUUAUCACACUGGAAGUGGAGCGGUUGCUGUAUAGACCUAAUAUUGGUUUGAAAGCUCAAUAUUAUGCUGUUUGCUUUUUGAACCAGCUUAUAUUGUCAAAGAAGGAUAGUUCGCUGGCAAGCAACUUGAUUACGAUAUAUUUCAGUCUUUUUAAGGCUUUUGUAGAUAAGGGACAAGUGGAGACGAAGAUGCUAAGUGCUUUACUCUCUGGAGUUUCCAGGGCAUUUUAUUAUGUUAAAGAUGACGAAGAUCAGUUUAGUGAGCAAGUAAACAUGCUUUUCAGGGUCGUGCACAUCACCUCAUUUAAUACAUGUGUCCAGGCAUUGAUGUUGCUCUUUCAAGUUAUGGAUUCUAGGCAGUCGAUGUCUGAUCGCUUUUACCAAGCUUUAUAUGCAAAACUUCUUGAUCCACAUUUGAGAAUGUCGUCCAAACAGGCAAUGUUCCUGAAUGUUAUCUAUAAGUCUCUAAAAAUCGAUACUUCUUUGAAGAGAGUUAAAGCUUUUGUAAAACGUCUCCUGCAAGUGUGUUCAACUCAAACACCAGCAUUUGUGUGCGGAGUCUUAUAUUUAUUAUCAGAGGUUGGAAAAGUCAAACCUGGGAUUAAAAGUCUUGUCACUCAGCCUGAGGAACUCGACGAGGAAGAACAUUUUACAGAUGUCAUUGACCCAGAAGAUCCUGAAAGUGCCCCUUCUCUCCCCUCAAGUGACGUCAGCAAACAACCAAACGCUGUCCACGAGACAUCUUCCCAAGGUCACGUGUUUGUUGAUUCGCCGCACACGUCAGGUUACCAAGCGAAUGCACGAAAUCCGCUGUACAGCGGUGCUGAUAAUUCAUGUUUAUGGGAAGUUAUGAAGUUGUCGAGGCAUUAUCAUCCUUCCGUGUCUCGCUUUGCUCAAAAUCUUUUGCAGGGUGAAAGUAUCUCAUACGAUGGUGAUCCAUUAUCUGAUUUUACUCUCAUGAGAUUUCUGGAUAGAUUUGUCUAUAAGAAUCCAAAGAAGAAGGUUCAAGACCAUGGUGGUUCCCUUAUGCAGCCUCAGACAAUUUCUCAAAGACAGUUUGAACAACCAGUCAACACCACCGCAUUCUUGAACAAGAAGGAAGAAAGCGUACGUGAGGAUGAGAUUUUCUUUUAUAGAUAUUUCAAACAGAAAGCAGUAGAAGAUGAAAGAGAAAACAAGAAUGUUGAAAAAGAUGAUGCAAGUGAAGAAGACGACGAGACAUUGGCAGGCGGCUUUGGUGAUGAGAUUACGAUGGAUUUCGCUGGAGAAUUCCAAAAAUCCAAGACCAGCAAACAGGGAAAAAAUAAAGAAUAUGGCGACUCUGACGAAGAAGAUAUGCUGGACGAUGAAGAGUUCGACUACAAUGAUAUGCAAUUCUCAGAAGAUGAAAUGGAGGAUUCAAAUGACGAGAAGAAAAAAUAUAGUGAGAAAGAUUAUGAAAAGGCGUUGUUAGAGAACCUGAGCUCAGAUGAAUUCAGCGAUGAUGGUGAUGACAAUUCUUCACCGAAGAAGAAAAAGAAGUUCCAGUCUUCUGAGGAUACGUCAAUGUUUGCUGACGCAGAAGAGUUUGCUCAUUUAUUGGAGGACUCUGGUGGUUUUACACAAGGAGGAAGUGAAGAUGUGGACAUGAGAGGUGUAAGCUGGAAACAGCAGCAGUGGGAAACGAACAGAAUGCAUCAAAACAGUUCUAGGAGGAAUAAAUUUCGAGGUGGUAAGAAUCGCGGGAAGGGCUCUCGGAAUUUAGGACAGGGUUCGCUCGGCCUCGGAAAAUCCUCGAGAAAUUUCGGGGAAGGUCGAAAAGAAUUCGGUAAUGGGAGGAGAAAGCCGCGUGAUAUAGGAAGUAAACGGAAAACCCCGAGAAGAAAAGGAAAAUAGUUUACUCGCAUGUAAUAUAUGCGCGAUUAUUGUAAACAUGCAUUAAAUACUUCAUUACUUAAGUUAAUAACACCCCACGAGAAACUCGGAGUCUCAGGCCUGAUUCGGCUAUUUUGCCCAGUACAGUGUGACUGCGUAGAUCAGCGUUCGGCUAAGGAUUUCCAUUUAGUGCAAAAUUGUCGCGCGAUCAAUCGACUUUUUGCGAUCGCUUUCCUUUGAAAUAUAGACAAUGAAGCGGAAGUAAUCCAUUAGAUUAGCUUGACUGAACACAUUUCAAAUGAAAGCGAUCGCAAAAAAACGAUCGCGCGACUGCCCUUCAGCCUGUUUUCCACUAGGCGGUGUUUUGCGUGCAAGCGGAAUUUUUCUUUGUUUUUUUUGCGUGAAAGCGCAGACAAUGAAAAAUUCCGCUCCGCGCGCAAAAUUCCGCCUAGUGGAAAACAGCCGUUAGAUACGCAUGCGCAAGUCGGGCAGUUAUUUUAAUUUUAUUCAUGAGGGUUUGGGAAAGUGUUGUUGUUUUUUUCAAAAAUUCCAUUGUGAAAUCCUAUUCAUCCAGACGCUUUCGCUGGACUGAAAGCCUAACAGGAGGAAAAUUUCUACUGCUACAGACAAGUAUACUUCACAUAAGAUGAAGUAUUUUUGAUGAAUCAAAACAAGAUGGCAGCAUGGUCAUGGGUGUUUUGGAUGAAAAAAUUAAGCAGUGGACAGAGGUCGUUUUUGAAAUUUGGAAUGCCUAUGGUGCUAAAUUAUGAAGAAACCCAAAAGUUUCAUGUGAGAAGAAAAGAAAAACCAUUGACAUUGGAGGAUGCUUACAAAGAGGUUCAAGGUAUGGACAUUGGUGAUUGGGAAAAUAAAAGGGUACCAAGGCCUUGGUCUGAAGAUAAGUAAUAUAGGAAUUCGGACAAACCAUGGUUGAUAGGUCAUGGCGUUUUUUAACAAGUAAACCCCACAAUCCAAUGUUUACAGCAAAACAUGUGUAAACGUGGCUAAAAACAUCUGUGAAUUUACACAAACAUCGGUAAAUUUACACAAACAAUACAUCUGCAGCUACUCCGCUUUACUAAAUAUAGACUUGUAAGCUGUGGGAAUGCAACAUUUAAUAUAUGCACCAAAAAAUUUACAGUACUAUAAUCUAUGACUAUAUUAUGCGCGUAGCAUAAGCAGGAUGGUAAGAAAGUAUAUAUAAACUUAUCCUUUGUUUUUUUAAUUUCAUUGCAUGCUAAUUAAGUGAUCAAAAAACUACAAAUAUUGUUAUAUAAAUAUUGUUAUAGCUAUAUAUGUAUUGUUAUAUUCACAUACGUGAUUAAUAUUAGAUUCUAUGAUUUUCAUACUUACAAUCUUACGCCUUUUGCAAUAAACAUUUUUGUCUCUUCGAAGAAGCGAUUCAAUUUUAUUUUUGUAAACUCUAUGCUCCAUGGCCUUAAUUUAAUUCUGGUAAUAUAGAACCAUUCGCCUUCCAUGUCCCACUUGGAUUGGUAAAGGCUAUAGCUUGUUUCGGACCGAGUACUCAAAAAUAUAACUUCGAAAACUGUUUGAAUUCUAAUGUGACAAGUUAAAGAAAACUUCGGUAUGAUUCAUGUGAAGAAUGACUGACAGCUCACUCGGCGAGAUACGAAAAAUCAUAAUAGUGCUGUUGCUUCUUUUUAAAUUUUAAAGCUACUUUGAAAGAGACAAAAAUCGUAUCGCUAUAGUUCUUUACCUACACGUAAAACUAAACUAAAGCUAAUUGCCACAAUCCUUUUUAUUAUGUUGUCUCGUAUAUCUUAUGGUAGUAUAUCUUUUAUUAACUAGCGUACAGUGGUGAUAAUGCUUUUGAUUAUAUAAUUAUAAUGAUUAAAAUAUUCUUAAUAGAUUGUCCUCGGGCACAGCUACAAUACAAUCCCUUAUAUAUUCGACUGUAAGUAAAUCGACACUCACUAAUCAU